AUGGCACGGACUUCUGUAACAAGCUUAGCGCAACAUGUGCGAGACUCACCAAGACCUCCAUUCCAAGGAUCACUAUUGGCCUCGACUACACUAUUCCAGAGACUCUCGCAAAAUGUAUCCUAA